GCGAGUCCAAGGCAGCCAAGCCCCAACCGGGACCCAAGGCACCGCGAAUCCCGCGCAAGCGACGCACGACCAUGGCUGCCACCUCUGACAAGAGUGCACCAACCAGCCCCAAGAGGCCGGUUCCACCUCCUCUCCCAGUUCAGCAGGCCGAUGAACCGCUUCUAGCGUUCCUAGACCGUCUCCAUAAGUAUUCCGAGACGACGACCGCUGAACUACGCAAGUGGGAAGAAGAGGAAGCCGCCCGCCAGCAGGAGAUUCAACGCCAGUUGGCAGAGGCAGAGGCAGCACGUCAGCAGGCCGCAGCAGAAGCUGCAGCAGCCGCACUGUUGCAACAGCAGCAGGUCGAGGCAGAUCAGAACCAGGCUCGUUACCAAGCCAUUAUGGAUCUGACUCGCGAUGAAGCCACCUAUGGCAGGCUACUUCGCCGACAACAUUUCCACGAAACCAAAGAACGGCAAGAGCCAACCACGGAGGAAGCAGAUAAAGAAGGAAUAGCAGUUCUGAUGGAGAAUCUGCUGUACACAUGCAAUUGGCAGCAAYGCGAACUGCUCGCCACGCGGCAGGUUCUCAUCCACCAUGAAACAACACUCAAGGCAAUGGAUAACAGGAUCACGUCGCUGCAGGCCGAGAACAGGACGCUACAUGCCGCCAACAGCCAGCAGCAGACACUCAACCACCAGCUGCAGGCCGAUGUCAGCAACGGGUUGGCACAGCUGUCAGCAGCUGCGUCAACGGGCAGUGCAGCAGUCGACUGCAGCCCAGCUUUGACCGCACAGGCAAAGCAAUUGGAAGAGCGGGUCAAUCAUUUAGUCGCWUCCCUGGGCGACAUCAGCAAGUUUGCAGGAGCCUCUACAGUCAGCAAUCAGCUGCAGACGCUUAGCGACCGCGUUGACCAACGUCCGGUCGCCGUCGCCAAGGAAUGGAAGAUGCCGAACUUCAAAAUCGAGAAGUUUGAUGACUAUCACAAGACCAAUCCGCUGCAAUGGUGGAUGGCAUUCAACGCAGAGGCCGACGUGCAUCAUACUCCGCCCCUACGGCGGCUGGAUGCAUUAUACCUCCAACUUAUAGGCGGAGCGCAAGCAUUCAUGACACACAUGGCCGCGACACUUGAGUCUACCAUCGCCACUUUCCACACGAAGAUCACGUGGGAGGAGUUUGAGAAGAAAUGGAAGACCCGGUUCAUGGUGAACAAUGACAAGCGUCACGCCUUGAACAAGAUCUUCCACAUCUUCCAAGGCCAGCAACCUUCGCGGGAAUGGCCGACGGAGUGGCAAAGACUCGUCGCCACCCCGGAGUUGAACCUACAGUUCGACUCGAUCCGAGGCGAAUUCUUCGCCCGAUCCUGCGAUGCCUUGACUGCUGCUCUCGGCAGCGAAUACGAGUAUAAGAACUUUGACGACAUGAUCGCCAAUGCCAGAGAGCUUAUACAAGGUAACCGGCGUGCGGCUAAGGAGACUCGUCAGCAGCCCGGUUACGUGGAGAAAAGAAAAGGUCAACAGACGCCGCAAGUAGCAGCAGUCCAGCAAGGACAAAGUGAGGACCACGCAGCCGCUUCGACAUCAAGUGACGGAGAUUGCAUGCCUCGACAAGGACAAAGAAAAUGUCAAGCGUCCUGGCUCGGGAAACUGAGCACCGCGGGAAGUGUAGCGACAACACUUCCCAGUCCGCCGGAGUCGGCUGCCUUGCUAGCAGCCUCUCUCACAUCCGGGGACACCGCGGCAGUCGCAAGUUCUCACGUUGAGUAUGAGAACUAUGCUGUCGAGCUUGUCCCACCGUUGAACCAGCCUCUCCACGUGCAAGAUUCAAGCGUAUGCGCGGCAGUUCAACCGUGGGACAAUGAACCGGUGGCUUCGCCAGCCAUCUUAUCGGAGGAUCCGUCAACUUGGGCGAGACUUGAGGAUCUCGACCCGUUGACGGUUGAGGACUUCCAAUGGUUGCCUCUGCCCUCCACCGGUUCUUUGCCAACUCCGCAUUGCAAUGCCUUAAUGGCACAUCUACGCAAAUACUUGCACGCUGCAGUACCACCUCCGUCGACGGACGGCGGAGUAGCGGGUUUUGACCUUUGCAACUUUCUUGCGAAGAUCGACCGCGAGUACGCAACGCAACGGUACGUCGACACCGACGCACCGCUCCUCUACAUCCGCAUUCAGAUCGGGAAGGCGACCUGCAGUGCCUUGAUCGAUUGUGGACCGACUCGCAACUACAUCAGCCAAGACUUCAUGGCACGCGCCGGGCUAGGUCCGCACGUUCGAAGGAAAAGUCAGCCUACGCACGUCACGUUGGCCGAUGGUCACACGCAAAAGUCAAUCGACCGAUGCGUUGACUCGGUGCCCGUGUGCUUYGCCCCGCUAGCAAGCGAGGCCGUGUCCUUCGACAUAUUGGACACCAAGUUCGAUAUGAUCCUAGGCAUGUCGUGGCUGCAAAGCGAAGACCAUCYGGUGAACUUCCAUCGCCGCACCGUUCACGUUCGUGAUCGGCAUGGUGAACUAGUCCCGUGUACGGUGCCGCUUCCUCAUCCUUCGAUUGGUUGUCACGUGGUAUCCGCGGCGAGCAUUCGCCAAUCCAUCCGGCGAAACGACAUCGAGGAGAUGGGCAUAUGUUUUCUUCACGCCCUCCCUCCCGGUGAUCAGCCCAAGACGGAUACGUCGGACCCACGCAUCAUUGAACUGUUCGACAACUAUGGGGAUGUCUUUCAAGCUCCCGCCAGAGUCAUACCGGAUCGGCCCAUACGUCACGGGAUCACUCUCGAGGACGGCGUCGUACCUCCGCGCGGAUGUAUCUACCGCAUGAGCGAAGAGGAACUUCAAGUGCUUCGAGCACAACUAGACGACCUCUUGGCCAAGGGCUGGAUUCGCCCUAGCUGCUUGCCAUACGGUGCUCCUGUUCUCUUCGUCCGGAAGGAGAACAAGGACCUUCGGUUGUGCAUCGACUAUCGUAAGCUCAACGCACAAAUGAUCAAGAACGCCAGCCCUCUCCCUCGGAUCGAUGAUCUUCUCGAGCGACUCGGCGGCGCCAAGUAUUUCUCAAAGCUUAACCUCAAGUCCGAUUAUCACCAGAUCGAGAUUCAGCCAAGAGAUCGGUACAAAACCGUGUUCAAGACGCGGAAUGGGCACUUUGAGUGGAUCGUCAUGCCUUUCGGUCUCACCAAUGCCUCGGCUACUUUCCAAGCGGCUAUGACGACGAAAUUCCGCGACUUACUCGACCGCUCCAUACUCAUUUACCUCGAYGACAUCUUGGUUUAUAGUUGGUCGCUGGACGAGCAUCUCGAGCACCUUCGCGCCGUAUUGGAGCGGCUUCGUAUCGCCAAGUACAAGGCAAACCGCGACAAGUGCGAGUUUGCCCAGCAAGAGCUGGAGUACUUGGGCCAUUACKUCACGCCGCAAGGCAUUCGUCCGCUCGCGGACAAGUUACAAGCUAUUSAAGAUUGGUCGGACCUCAAGUGUACUACGGACGUCCGCUCCUUUCUCUUGGCAUCGUACUACAUGCGCUUUGUCAAAGGAUUUCAACGCAUCGCUGCACCAUUGUCGCGACUCCAGUCCCCGUUGGUGCCUUUCGAAUUCAACGACGAGGCCCGGCAUGCGUUUCACACACUGAAGACGGCCUUGCUUCAAGCUCYYGUCUUAAGCAUCUAUGACCCGACGUUGCCUACCAAAGUGACUACGGACGCUUCCGGUUACGGCAUUGGCGCGGUCUUGGAACGGCAUGACGGCACAGACUGGCAUCCGAUUGAGUACUUCAGCCAAAAGGUGCCGCCCAUCAACACUCUUGAUGAUGCGAGGAAGAAGGAACUCCUAACUUUUGUCAGCGUACUUAAGCGUUGGCGUCACUUUCUCCUCGGGCGUCGGCGAUUCACGUGGGCAAUGGACAACAAUCCAUUGACAUAUUACAAGACGCAAGACACGGUGAGCAGCACGAUCGGUCGGUGGAUGUACUUCAUUGACCAAUUCGACUUCACCUCCAAGCACAUUCCGGGCUCCUCGAACAAGGCGGCGGAUGCUCUCUCGCGAAGACCCGAUCUUUGCGCCAUGGUGCAUUCCACGUUCGGCCUCGAUGAGGACCUCCAACAACAUUUCGUAAAUGGCUACAAGUCAGAUCCGGGAUUCUCCACACUCUACGCGGACUUAUCAUCGGACCAACCGCCGACAAGCAACUAUCGCAUCACCGAUGGCUACUUGCUCUUACAUACGCGAGGCAAGGACUUGUUGUGUGUUCCCCAAGACCGCAUCUUGCGCACUCGCCUCCUUGGCGAAUACCAUGAUUCGCGGCUGGCAGGACACCUUGGCGUCGAACGCACACUCGCACGACUCCGCCAGCGUUUCCACUGGCCGGACAUCAUUAGCGACGUCAACCGGUACAUUCAGUCAUGUGCAGUUUGCCACCGGAACAAAGGGCGCCAUCAGCUCYCGUACGGCGAACUGAAACCAUUGUCGAUUCCUCGGGCACCGGGUCUCUCCAUUGCUAUGGAUGUGACCGGUCCUUUCCCUCGCGAUCGCCUUGGUCAUGAUGGCAUUCUCACGGUCGUUGACCGUUUGAGCAAGUACGCUCGAUUUCUUCCAUGCAAGUAUCAUGCGACGGCUCCCGAGCUCGCACAACUUUUGCAUACCAGCUGGUUUUGCGGCCACGGCGUUUCGGAAGACAUCGUCAGCGACCGCGACACUCGUUUCAUGUCGGCCUUUUGGACGGCACUCAUGGUGGAAUCCGGCACCAGCAUGAAACCGAGCUCCGCACGGCAUCCUCAAAUGGAUGGGCAAACGGAACGUGCGCAUCAGACUGCGCAGAUGAUGCUCCGCACACUCAUCCGCCCGGAUCAGAAGGACUGGGUUGACCGCCUUCCCGACAUCGAGUUCGCCUACAACACUUCGGUGCACCCGGCGAUUGGCGUGACUCCAUUCGAGUUGCACCACGGUGGACGGAAAGGACGUAUCUUCACAAGCAUUUUGCUUCCACGGGCUGCCGAUAUAGACGCCGCUUGCUCCCCUGCUUCUACACGGAAGUACAAGGAACUGCUGGCCAAAGCCCGCGCAAACAUGCAAAAGGCCCAGGUCCAUAUGCAGCAGCAAGCGAACCGGCAUCGCAUCCCAUGUCCACUUCGCGUUGGCGACCUAGUCUGGGUCGCCUCCGAGGAAUUUGCGCUUGAGCAGGACGUCUCGCGCAAGUUCCUCCCGAAGUGGUUUGGACCAUGGAUGGUCACUUCAGCAGCUAGCGACGACCCCGCGGGUCCAUCAUUCAUCGUUGAGAUUUCCCCGCAUUUGACGGUCCACCCAAUCUUUCACGCCUCAAAGCUGGCAGUUUACACUCCAGCCUCCGCAGCGGACUUCCCGGGUAGACGGUCACAGGACCCUCCUUCAAUGGAUGGUCAUCAGGAGGUCGACCACGUUCUCACGCAUCGCAAGCAUGGCAACAAGCCGAUGCAGUACAAAGUUACAUUCAAGCAAUGCAAUCGGAACGACACACGCUGGAUCUCAAGAGCUGAUCUGAAGGCGACAACACCCCUCAUGUUCGCGCAUUACGAAAAACAGCGACUUGCUAAGGAAGCUGCCCAACCUGCCCGCCCUGUACGGACAUCGGACAGACAGCUUCGCCCUCGCAGUUAGCUCGGUCUUUCAAGGGGGGGAGUGUGUGGCAUACUAAGCCACACGG